CCGCCGCGGGCUGUGCCGGAUUAAUAAACUCACUGAAGCAUUGUUAAGGAGCUAGAAGGGGAGUGAAAGGAGAUUUAAUUAUUUAGGUAUUUUCAUUUUAGAAACAUGGGAUUACUCUGGGUCUUUUUUUAAAAGUUGUAGGCAUUCAGCUGGUCAUAAGAACUAAUCUCGGUAUUUGAGUAUUUCCUCUUUUCUGAUGGUAACACUUGACAAAAAUAUUCAAAAUGGCUUGUUCUCAUCUUGUUUUAGCUUUUUCCUAUUAAUUGCUUUAAAUUAGUCUGUGGAUUUUAAUAAAUAUUUUGACUGUAAUCUUGUAAUUUAGAUUCCGUGGCUUUUCUCUUGAUUGUCCAGCUUGAACUAGCACUGCAGAAGUGUGGUAUGCUAAUGCAAGUCAUUGGUAUGAAAGAUGAUUUUUUAUCUCUUCUAUAAUCUAAGAGUUUUACAACUACUCUUGUGGUGCUUAUUUUUACAACUUCAACAUUUUCUCCAGGUUUAAGUUUGUUUUAUCAUACAAGUUCCUCACUGCCAUAAUGAGGCUAGUAAUUCUUGAAGAUUAUGAUCAGGCUAGUGAAUGGGCAGCCAAAUACAUCUGUAAUCGUAUUAUCCAGUUCAAGCCAAGUCAAGGAAGAUAUUUCACGCUUGGUCUACCAACAGGGAGUACACCUUUGGGAUGCUACAAAAAGCUGAUAGAGUAUCACAAAAACGGAGAUCUCUCUUUCAAAUAUGUAAAGACUUUCAACAUGGAUGAGUAUGUAGGGCUUCCCAGAAAUCAUCCAGAGAGCUAUCACUCCUAUAUGUGGAAUAACUUCUUUAAGCAUAUUGACAUAGAUCCGAAUAAUGCUCAUAUCCUUGAUGGGAAUGCACCAGACUUACAGGCAGAAUGUGAUGCAUUUGAAAAGAAAAUUGAAGAAGCAGGGGGGAUUGAUCUGUUUGUUGGAGGCAUUGGUCCAGAUGGCCACAUUGCAUUCAAUGAACCCGGAUCAAGUUUGUCUUCAAGAACAAGAUUAAAGACUUUAGCAAUGGACACCAUUUUGGCAAAUGCUAAAUACUUUGAUGGAGACUUAUCUAAAGUACCAACUAUGGCGCUAACAGUUGGUGUGGGUACAGUGAUGGAUGCUAGAGAAGUAAGAAAUCAUUUAGUUCUAGUUGCAUGUGUGUUUUCAAGAUUAGUUGGUAUUGAUACUGGGAUUGAAAGUAAAGAGACCUUUGUUUUGCAGGUGAUGAUUCUUAUAACAGGUGCACACAAGGCUUUUGCAUUGUACAAAGCAAUUGAAGAAGGAGUCAAUCAUAUGUGGACAGUUUCUGCUUUCCAGCAACACCCUCGCACUAUCUUUGUGUGUGAUGAAGAUGCUACUUUAGAACUAAGAGUUAAAACUGUGAAGUACUUUAAAGGUUUAAUGCAUGUGCACAAUAAGCUUGUGGACCCACUGUACAGUAUGAAAGAAAACUGAAAGAAGACUGAAGAGGAACUCCAUGUGGGUCAGCAGCAACAGUUUUAGGUAGCAGAUGAGUUCACUGCUAUGCAAUAUGCUGAAAACUGUUUAAAAUGGGAAAUCCUAGGUACUGUAUUUUUAAAAAGGUCCAAUAUCUGUACAUUCACAUUCCAUCUGUUUGCUGUGUUGUGCAUUUUGUUUUAACAUUUGAAGCUCUGCUGUUGGCUGGUACAUAACUAAAUGGAACAGAACGAACUUGGGAGAGACUGCAUGUUAUGUAGAGAGGGGAAAAGCAGAGCAUUUACUCUAGCACAGCAAUGUAUUGCAUCUGCCUCAUGUUAAAGAUGAUGACACUUCAUUUCCCAGAAUUCUUAAUUUUUGGCUUGGUUAGUGUAACUACAUUUUGCAUUUGUGUCUCUAGGCAGAAUGGUUUUGGCCUUUGUUAAUACUAUGGACUUGUAAGAGUUGUACAAUUUCUACUAUGAAAUGUUCUGUUUACAUAUAUCUAAUGUACACUGAGCUUUUGCACUUGGUUGCCUUAAAUUUGUCUUAAACAGUUUUUGGGCAUCUCAAGUCCUGCUGUAUAUUUCGGGCAAAUGAAGAUACAAAAAACAGUGCCUAAAAAUGCACCAAAUUCUUCGAAGUUACAAGUUGCUCCAUGGAUAAAAAUAUUAAACUUCUACAAUAGCACUUUUUCCUCUCGUGUACUUCAAAAUACUUUAGGACUUUUGUAUUUUUGGUAAUCAAGCUUUAUACAUAAGGAUAAAUCUCAGUGUUCCUUCCUGGAGGUACCCAGUCAAUUAUAUAACUGAUGUUACAAUUAAAUGCCUGAAAAGAGGUUAAUUUACAGGACUAUGAUGUCUGCAAAUGAUCAUUUAAAGCCAACUGUUAAUCACUUUUUCAUUGGAUCAUUAUGAACAUUGAGCUGUUACAAGGAAUGUUAUUUCCUACUUUGAAUAUAAGUAAAACUUAAAUAUAAAUC